AUGUCAAGCAAGAGGCACUCCAUCCUCCCGGCCGUCGACCGCAGCGGCCCGAAGCCGCCCGUCAACUUCUCCACGUCGCUCACCAUCUCGGACAAUGCGGUCCUGCUGGGCAGCCACUCGAUCACGAUGCAGGCAGAGACGGUGAUUCAUCCCCGGUCCCGCAUCGAGUCCAGCGUCGGUAGCGUCCUCGUUGGGCGGCGCUGCAUCGUCCAGGAGCGAGUCCAUCUCGGAGCGCCUCCAGACAAUACCGGAAAGGCCGCAGGAGGCGUCAGCCUUGGGGACUACGUUCUCAUCGAGGCAGGUUCGGUCAUCGAAGCCGGGGGCACCGAAAUUGGCGAGGGCAGCGUUAUCCAGGUUGGAAGCAGAAUUGGAAGCGGUGCCAGAAUUGGAAAGAAUUGCACCGUGUCACACUUGUCAAUAAUAGCCAGCGGCGAGGUGCUUCCCGACAACACGGUCGUUUAUUCAAACGGCACAUGGCGAACCGACAAACGCGGAACCCCAGAGCUUCGAAAGCUGAGUAUAGUGAAACAGAUUGCUAUGCUGAGGAAAAUGAUACCGAGCAACCCAGACAAGUUCCGAUAG